GUCAUUGAGUAUUACAGACUGGAAAUUCAACGGUUGCAAAUUUGCAAUCAGAAAUCCGACGCCAAAUCUGAGUCGGUAAUCUCAGAUUUCAGUGUAGUUGACUAUAUAAAGCAGAGUCUCUUCAAACGAAGAAGCAGAAGGUCGUUUUUGUCUGCGGCUUUACUGCGUCUUUACUGCGUCGUUCGAGCUAGGGUUCCUCCUCCGAUCUGCGGAAGUCAAAUCCACCAUGUCCACCCACUCAAAAUCCAGCGUUUACAUAGGUAAUUUGGACGAGCGAGUGAGUGAUAGAGUUUUGUAUGAUAUUCUCAUUCAGGCAGGGAGGGUGGUGGACCUGCACAUUCCACGAGACAAAGACACCGAUAAGCCUAAAGGUUUUGCUUUUGCAGAAUAUGAAUCUGAGGAGAUUGCUGACUAUGCUGUUAGGCUCUUCACUGGUCUUGUCACUCUCUACAAUCGGACACUCAAGUUUGCGAUAUCUGGGCAAGACAAGCCCUCGCAUAAUACUACUUCUAUGGUGACAUCCACACACAAUUUUCCUCACAAACUGAGGUCCGCCCCUGUACCAAUUAACAGUAUGGAAAACUCUCCGAAUACCGUGGGUUUAUCGACACCCAGAAUUUCAGACUAUCCCCCAGAGCCCACUCCCCCUGGUGUAAAUAACCAAUCUAAUGGGUAUGGAUUACAUUUCAAUGGCAACAAUUACGAUUAUAGUCGAAGAGUUAUUGGGGCAACACUGGAUACCAUUAGUCGCACUAGGUCACGCCGCUAUGAUAUGAGCAACCCAAUCUCCUAUCCUUCUUACUAG